AUGGGGCUCAGAUCUCUCUUCGGGAAGAAGAAGAAGCUGCCCAAGACCCCCUUGUCCACCACAUCCUCAUCCUCCACUCCAUCCGCCUUCUUGUCCGUAUCAUCACGCACACACUCACCCUCGCUCUCAUCAUCACUGCACAACAAUUCACGAGCCCCGUUGUCGGAGGAGCUCGAAUACGUCUUCAGAAAGUUCGACGCCAAUGGGGACGGAAGAAUCUCCUGCUCCGAACUCGGCUCCAUGAUGAAGUGCCUUGGUCAGCAAGCCACUGAAGAAGAGGUUUCCAGAAUGAUCCAAGACGUUGAUUCCGACGGGGAUGGCCACAUUAAUCUGCAAGAGUUCAUCGAGUUGAACACCAAGGGUGUGGACCCCGACGAGGUUCUGGAGAACCUCAAGGAAGCUUUUUCCAUUUUUGACAUCGAUGGUAACGGCUCCAUCACCGCCGAGGAGCUGCACAUGGUGAUGGCUAGCCUUGGCGACGAGUGCUCCAUCGACGAGUGCCGGAAAAUGAUCGCUGGCGUCGACGGUGACGGCAACGGCAUGAUAAAUUUCGAAGAGUUUAAGAUCAUGAUGACAGGGAACAUAUAA